UGUCCGCCACAUGACAGCUUAAACGUCACUUCGAAAACAAAAACAACAAACUUUGACAUAAGCUGUAAAAUAAAUUAUAUGCAAAAAAUCAAUUUUACAAUUUAUUUUUAAUAAUCUUAAAGGAUUGCUUUUAGCUUGGGAAGAUGUCUUUAAAGCCGAAAGUUGUGAAUUUUAAUACUGUUUGGCAUGAUUUGCGUGAAACUGUCGAGGCGGUAAUUACUCUGGGUAAUGUUAAACGUGAUGUCUGGAACAAUAGAUUCAGUGAUGUGUAUUCCUUGUGUGUAGCACAUCCAGAGCCUUUAGCUGAGAAAUUAUAUUUUGAGACAAAACAAUUCUUAGAGAAUCAUGUUCAAAAUAUGCUUGUCACUAAAGUAGCCCCAACUAAUUCUACUCCAUCGCAAGCUGACAAAAAUGUCCCGGAUUUGUUGCAACGUUACUAUGAUGCAUGGUCGCAGUAUAGCAAAGGGAUUUUCUAUUUAGAUUGUUUAUAUUUAUACCUUAAUCAGCAGCAUAUAAAGAAACAAAAACUCUCGGACGCAGAUAUUACAUAUUGUAAAAUUUGCCCUGAGACUCAUGAUCUCAAGGAAAUUGGUGAACUAGGUCUUGAUAUUUGGCGUAUCUAUAUGGUUGAGAAUUUAGGAAAACAGCUCGUUGAACACAUUUUAGAAGGAAUAAAAGCCGAUCGCUGUGGGAGUCCGGAAAUAAAUUCACAACGUGUUAAAAUUAUCAAUGGAGUUAUUUUGAGUUUUGUUCAAGUCCAAGAUUAUAAGAAAACAGGUUCAUUGAAACUAUAUCAAGAUUUAUUCGAAACCCCAAUGCUAGAAGCUAGCGCACAAUAUUACAGUAGUGAAGCAUCUAAGCUAUUGCAAAGAUGUUCGGUUAGUGAAUACAUGGAAGAGGUUAUUAAAAUACUCGACGAUGAAAAUAAAAGGGCUCAGAAAUUCUUGCACAAUAGUUCUUUGGCUAAACUACGUAAACAGUGUGAGGAGGGCUUCAUUAAUGACCGUCUAGAUUUUCUCUAUUCCGAAUGCAAAGAAAUGGUUUCGCAAGAGAAACGCAAAGACUUACGCAAUAUGUACAUCGUGCUCAAACCGAUUCCUGAUCGUCUAAAAGGUCUUUUGAUACAAACAUUCUUGGAUCACAUUAAAAACGAAGGAAUCGAAACAAUUUCUACUCUCAAGGGAGAAAAUAUGCAUAUUCAAUUUGUCGAAAACAUGCUUAAAGUUCAUCAGAAAUACCAAGAAUUGAUCGCAGAUGUUUUUGAGAAUGAUUCUCUGUUUUUAAGUGCAUUGGAUAAGGCGUGCGCUAGUGUAAUUAAUCGACGACCCAAUGAUAGACAGCAAUGUCGAAGUGCUGAAUUGGUUGCAAAAUAUUGCGAUACAUUGCUGAAAAAAUCCAAAACAUCUGAAACAGAAGUAGAUGCAAAGCUCACUAAUAACAUCACAAUUUUUAAAUAUAUCGAAGACAAGGAUGUCUAUCAGAAGUUCUAUAGUCGAAUGCUGGCCAAGAGAUUAAUCCAUGAGCAGUCGCAAAGCAUGGACGCCGAAGAAGCAAUGAUAAAUAGGCUUAAGCAAGCAUGUGGUUACGAAUUUACCAAUAAACUGCACCGAAUGUUCACUGAUAUCUCAUUAUCUGCUGAUUUAAACAACAAGUUCAAUAGUCACUUAAAGAAAGAGAAUACAGAUUUAGGAAUUAAUUUGUCAAUAAAAGUUCUACAAGCUGGUGCAUGGCCUCUGGGGCCAACCCAAGUCGUUAUACCGUUUGCUGUACCACAAGAAUUCGAAAAAUCAAUAAGAAUGUUUGAAAACUUCUACCAUACAUCAUUUAGUGGUCGCAAAUUAACUUGGUUACAUCAUCUAUGUCAUGGUGAGCUCAAAAUUGGUUUCUUGAAAAAAACCUACAUCGUAACGAUGCAAACCUAUCAAAUGGCAAUGUUAUUACUCUUCGAAACAUGUGAUUCACUAACUUGCAAAGAAAUUCAAACAACUUUACAAUUAAAUAAUGAAACUUUCCAAAAACACAUGCAAUCAUUGAUUGAAUCGAAACUGUUGUUGGCAAGUUCAGAGAGUUUAGAAGGUGAAACCAAAAUAGAAUUGAAUUUUGAAUACACCAACAAGAGGACAAAGUUCAAGAUAACUGCUGCAAUGCAACGAGAAACACCACAAGAGGUUGAACAUACAUUGAGUGCGGUUGAUGAAGAUCGAAAACUCUAUUUGCAAGCAGCUAUUGUGAGAAUAAUGAAAUCGAGAAAAGUGUUAAGGCACAAUGCGCUGAUUCAAGAGAUUUUAUCGCAAUCAAAAGUUAGUUUCACGCCCAGUAUUUCAAUGAUUAAAAAGUGCAUCGAAUCUCUUAUUGAUAAGCAGUACAUCGAGAGGACUCCGAAUUCAGGAGAUGAAUAUAGUUACGUGGCAUAAGAGAGGGGAUAAAAAUAGGAAUGAUUAAAUGACAGAGUCAAAGAGUAUUUUUCUUCUUGUUUAAAUAAAGAGUGGUGAAUCUUUCGACUGCUCUUCUUGCUUAAAUCCAAUUGUUUGUACAUUGUGUUAUUUUUGUCAUUUUUAAAAAAUGUGUCCAAAAAUUUUGAAAUACUAAAUAUUUCACUAAAUUUAAAAAAAAGCAGCACGAUUUGACGUCACAAUUUUCAUCGCUCCUUAUUAUUUAUUAUACAUACAUACAACAUUAUAUAUGUACAUACUCUUUGAGCAAAGUUUUUAUUUUUUAAAUUAAAUUGGUGUUGUGUAACUCGGAGAGUAGAUAAUAAGAAGUUGCAUAGCCAUGAGCAGUAAUACUGGAAUAAAAAUUCAUUUUUUAAGCAAAACAAAAAAAAAAACAAUCAAAACAUA